AUGUGCAACUCAGAGGGCGGUGUUGGUGCAGAAGCUAUUUACUUCUUAACAAGUGGAAAAUUAACAAGUUUUGGUUAUAAAGUCCUAAGUGCUCACAUUCAUGUGCCUGGAAUUCCUUGUAGCAUGAGACUGAUGUGCCUGAGCAUAUUCAUCUCAUAUAGGGACAACAUAGACAAUUUCUCUUUAGUUAGUGGUGCUAGGGAGAUGAAUGUGCAAGUAUUGAAAGAUGGCUCAGUUAAAAUUGAUAUGAGAUCACCAAUGUUAAAAGCAUCACUUGUGCCUACCGCUGGAGUACUUGGGACUUGGGUUGACAUGAUAAUACCAUACAACAUAGUCUUUGCCGGCGGAAAAGCAACAACUGGGAACUUGAAAGCCGCUCUUGUGAGAGCUAGUAUGACAAUCGAUCAAUUGAUACGGAUGAGAAUUCCUCAAACCUCUAUACUUAUUUUGCGUGCAGAAACUUACGUUUAUGGAGAUAUUCAAAGUAGGUCAGAGGUGAAGAUGGAUAUGUGGGACUUUGACAUUGUUGAUUACUUGGGAGAAGCGACUUGUGCGCUUGUUGUUGCAUUGUUGAUAGAGAAUCUUGUGUUGUUCGUUUCUCACGAGGAGGGUCAGUGA